AUGCUGCUAUUGGUUCUCACGCUUCUUGCGAUAGUUCAAAUAUCAGUUGCCCAGGAUACUGCCACGGCGACAGACGGUGCUACCUCUGCCACUGAUGCAACUGCUACCGAUACAACAGCGGCAACGACCGCUCAAACCACCGACACAUCAGCGACAUCAACAGAUACUUCGACGACAUCAUCAUCUACUUCUUCCUCCUCAACCUCAUCAUCUACGACCAGCUAUCCCGUGGUAACCGUCCCGCCGACUGCCGAUGCACCGUACAUGCAAAAAUCGAGUACCCCCGAAGGAACGCUCUUCAUCGCAGUGGGUGCAGUGCUUGGGUUCAUUGGGCUUGCGUUGCUAGCAUGGCGUGGACUUGUUGCAUGGUCCGUGAACCGCUCCGUCCGCCAGGCUGCUCUGGUGCACUCCUCCGAGACAAAGGGACUGCUUCGCUCCAAGAAGAGGAGGUCGACAGUAUACUCCCAGCGACCACCUGCACCUGUUUCUCUCGAAAAAAUGGGAAGUAGCAAUCGCACCACCUACAAACCUCCCGCCAAGGCAGCCAAAGUUCCUAGUUCAAAUAGCGGCUUGUUCUUUUCUCCGACUGCAGGAGCUGGUAUGCACGGUACCGGCAAUAGAGGCUCGACAUAUCUUCCUGCUGGAUAUUACGCUGCUUCCACAGCCGGCCAGAAUGCGCAGUACAACUCGCAAGGAUAUACCCGCACCAGAACAGCACCUAGUCCGCCUGGCUCGCCUACUCUGCCGCCUACUGGCCUUUACGACACGAACUAUCACAAUCGCCAGUCGUCGACUAGUAGUUUGAAUCUCACCUCUCCUCCGCAAGGACGAGCGCCCAGCGCAUAUCUCGAGGAUCUGUUUGAGAGUCACGCUCCAAAACCAGAUCGAAACCACAGAUGA